CUUGCGCAGGCAAACGUGUACAGAAUGCGCUUUGGGUACCUUGUCGCGGCGCUCGUCGCAUCGGCGUCAGCAAUGACGGAAGCUUCCGACUUUGUUCAGCAGCUCUUCGAGUUGCACAACAAGGAGCGCCAGAAGAACGGUGUCGCGCCCUUCACGUGCCUCGACUCGCAGCUGAGCUCGCUCAGCGCCGACCACGUCAAGUACGAAGUCUCAAUCGACAACAUCAACCACGACGGCUUCAGCGAGCGCUGCCAAAAGGUUGGCAACGUCGCUUGCGGCGAAAACACCUUGUACGACUUUGUCGGGGACCCCACCAAGUUCACGGAAAGCUGGAUGAACUCGCCGGGCCACCGCAAGAACAUUUUGAACGGCGAGUACAAGCACGUGGGCUUUGCGGUCCAGCGCGGGUCCAGCGGCAAGUGGUUUGCGACGGCCUUCUUCACCAACACCAACCCCAAGGCUGGGACGUGCGGUGGCGGCAACAACAACAACACGCCGACCCGUGGCCCGGCCCCGUCGCCGGCACCGUGGACGGCCCCCACCCAGGCCCCAUGGUCGGCCCCGACCCGCGCCCCGUCGCCAGCUCCGUGGACGGCCCCCACCCAGGCCCCAUGGUCAGCGCCCACGCAGCCUCCGUCGUCACCGACGGCGGCGUCGGACUUUGCCCAGCAGCUCUUCGACUUGCACAACCAAGAGCGCCGCAAGAACGGCCUCCCGGCGUACGACUGUCUCGACACGCAGCUGAGCCAGCUCAGCAUGGACCACGUCAAGUAUGAGAUCUCGAUCGACAACAUCAACCACAAUGGCUUCAGCGAGCGCUGCCAGCAGAUUGGCAACGUUGUGUGCAGCGAAAACACCUUGUACGACUUUGUCGGCGACGCGGCCAAGUUUACGGAAAGCUGGAUGAACUCGCCGGGCCACCGCAAGAACAUUUUGGGCCGCGACUACAAGCACGCGGGUUUUGCGGUGCAGAAGGGCCCGAGCGGCAAGUGGUUUGCGACGGCCAUGUUCACCGACUCGAACCCGCGUUCGGACGUGUGCGCCAACAAGAAAGGCCAGCAAGCUGCGACGCCGGCGCCGUGGUCGCAAGCGCCGAGCCGCCCGACGCAAGCUCCGUGGACGCGACCGACCCGCGGCCCGUCGACCCCGGUGCCGACGACGCGCGCGACGCCGACCCCGACGCAAAGCACGACGCCGGCCGGUGCCGAUGAAGUUGUCAAGCAGCUCUUCCGGUUCCACAACGAAGAGCGUAUCAAGAACGGUCUUCCAGCGUUCGCUUGCCUCAACUCGAAGCUCAACGCGCUCUCGAUGGACCACGUCAACUACGAAAUCCGCGCUGGCAAAAUCAGCCACGACAACUUUAGCCAUCGGUGCGCGGCCGCCGGCAACAACGGUGCGUGCGGUGAAAACACCUUGUACAACUACGACGGUGACGCGCGCGGCAUGACGACGCAGUGGAUGAACUCGCCGGGCCACCGCAAGAACAUCUUGAACCGCGAGUACAACACGGUCGGCUUUGCAGUCAAGAAGGCGUCGGACGGCCGCUUCUACGCGACGACGAUCUUUACGCACGACGAGCGCCGGUGCCAAUAG